AUGGUCGACGCGUUGAAGGCGGAGUACGACGCACGGGUCAAAUGUGCGUUCAAAUCUUGAGUCAUUGUCGGACGGCUUCCUCUCAUGCUUCGGUACAGCGCAACCACGUCAAGAGGUCGAUAUCACGAUGCCCGACGGCUCAAAACGCAAGGGCAUGAGCUGGGAGACAAGCCCACUGGACAUCGCGAAGGAGAUCUCCAAAGGUCUCGUGGAUCGCGUCGUGAUUGCGAAGGUUCCGACCGUUUGUCCACCUCGGGUCGCUCGUGCUGAACUGUGAUAGGUCAACGGCGACGUGUGGGAC